AUGUUGCGAACUGUUUGUACUCUUCACUGGGCAUAUGUUGACACUGUCUGCAGACACCUUUCGUCAUUACGAAACCGCAUUAGUUGGCUUGAGUCUAUCAUCAAGUCACGCCUUCCCGAUGUGGACUUGUCUCAGACCGCGCCAGACAUGGCGGUCGAAGCUGUGAUUACCGUUUUGAGCGAUCAGCAUCCCCUUCGAGAUGCCACAACUCCUGAUCAACCUAUGAGCGAGCCUGCAGAAGGUGGCCUGGGCCAGGCUCAAGACGCUGUUGGCGUUUCGAAACUCAGCGACGUCGACAAGGAUCUUGAAGGAGGCCGGAUAGCUGCCCAUCAAGUCGGUUUGAUUGCUCUCGGCGGUGGCCAGGAUCACAGGUACAUCGGACCAUCAAGCGGCUAUUUUCUUGCCCGCGUAUUACUUCAGUCUUCCCUGAAAGUUGGCGAUGAAUCAGCUCUGGGCUUGAUAGGUGAUUCUGGCACCAAGACAGCGUUGCCCCUAGAGCUCAUAGAGUCAGCACAGACUCCCAUUCCGCUCCCGCCAACAAAAGAAGUCGCCUGUUCUAUCUGCUCUGCAUACUUCGAGAUUAUCGAACCUCAAUACCCGCUCCUGCAUAAGCCAACAUUCAUGGCCAUGCUCGAUCAGAUGUAUACGGACUCUACUUCAGACCCGCAUGUCGCUUUUCAGGUGUUCAUGGUCCUGGCGAUCGGAGCAUCGGUCUCUUCUAGGCGCUGCCGGCCGGGCACUCUGGGCGAUGCAUACGGAGUCGCUGCAAUGAGUUAUUUUGACCAGAUCAAUGUGCAGAACUCUCUACAAGGGCUACAGUGUCUUCUACUUCUGCUAUUCUAUGCGAUGCAUAACCCGUCUGCCAGGCUCAACAUCUGGUAUCUGAACUACCAAUGUUUAGCAUGUGUUCUGGACUUGGGCCUACAAAGAGACAUCAGUGUCUUACCUGGCGUUUCGCUAUUAGAGCGAGAGAUGCGCACUAGAGUGUUCUGGUGCGUGUACACCCUCGACAGGAUGAUCGGCACAACUAUGGGUCGUCCCAUUGGACUGCGAGAUGAAGCCUGUGAGUUCCGGCUUCCUCUUGACAUUUCCGACGAAGAUCUUAUGUCACGCGAUGCUCAGCCUCCCUACCCCAAAUCUAGGCACAUGUGUUUUGCACUUCAUCUGUUCGAGCUGGCGAGGAUCAACUCAGAGAUCAAGUAUGUGGCCAACAGUGUCGAUCGGGACGUCCCGGCAUAUGCCCUGUCACCUCCAGAUUACCAGGUCUGGCAAGGGAACGUACUCCAGCGUCUGGAUGCAUGGGUGGAAGCCAUCCCUACCGGCGAGCCAGACCAGGAGUAUCCUAGGAUUCUGUGCCACAUCCGCUACCAUAACAUCCGAAUGCUCCUGAUGAGCCCCAGUCCGGGCAUCCCCAAUCCGUCACCCACAGCUUGGGAGAAAUGCUUUCACAGCGCAGUGCAGGGAAUUCGCCUGUACAAGCAGCUGUACGGACGAGACAUGUUUGCCGCCAGUUGGUCAACGUUGCAUUCGAUAACGAUAUGCGCCAUUACGGUGAUGUAUUGCGUCCGAGUCAAUCCCAGCAUCGCCUUGCAGGCAGGGCUUGAUAUGGUAAACAAUGAUAUCUCUACCAGCCUUAGCCUGCUGAGCGCAAUUGGAGAACACUGGUCUGCAGCCAGGCGAUGCUGGAAAAUUGUCGACAAACUUGGCGAGCUGACGCAGCGUUGGGUUAAAGAACGAUUCUCCGUUGCCCCGGAGCCAAGAUGGGAUCGAUCAUCAUCCGGCCCGGAGCAAGCCUUUGUUACACCCAGCAGUACAUCGCAGCACAUGAUGGCUGAUGAUGGUCUCAACACGAGCGGGAUAGAUUUGAUGGACUCGACUGUCGAGGCGGGCGUAUCAGUUCCAUCAAUGGAACUGAACACCAUCCUUGACCAGAUUCUGGGGCAAGGUCAGAGUCUCCUAAAUGAUUCUGCGGACCCUCAAUUCUCCAUGAGCUUUCUAUUUGAGGAUUUCAUAGCUUCAGAUCUGGAUUUGGGUCAAAUAUGA